AUGGGCAACUCUCUAUCGAGCAAAGCCAAAGACGAGACCCACCGCUCCAACCGCCUUUCAAAGCCCCUGACGAAGAAGUCCAAUACCAGUCAAAGUGCUCCACGCCUCGAAACAGACCCUUCAACGAUCACUUCAGGGCUGAUAGGCUGGCAAAACCCUUGGGUUGGGGACAGUAUCUCCAGUCCUCAUGUGGAGAAAAGGGGCAGUUAUUCCAAAAAGGCAGAGAUCCCACCUACCCUUUUUGAAACAGAGUCGCCCGAAGAGACCCCGACUGAGGAUCGAACCUUCGGAUAUGAACAGAGUCCAACGCAGCGUCAUCCAAUCCGCCCAAGCCUGUUGAGUGCAACCUCUUCGAGAAGAACAUCAUACCAGUCGGAAACUUGGGAGUCAACCUCCCAAUCCUCGCCUCUUCAUGAACAGCCACCAAGGCGGGCCAGUUCGACUCGAAUCCCUCUACAGAGACACAACAGCGCUGUCUAUGAAAGCCAUAUCGGACAUGCGACCUCUUCCAACACCCACUUCUUGGUUGGCAACCAGCGGUUCUCAUUAACACGUCGACGAUCGCUUCUGACACGACCGGGGGGCACGAUUCGACGCGUCCCAUCGCCUAUUGGAGAGCCCGAGAACCCGAUCGAGGAUCCGACUGAGUCGACCGUGCUGCAAUGGCCAUUGCCAUCAACCCAGAAACCGCUGCGUCUGCCAUCCCCAGUGCGGCCAACGAGUCCGAUGGAUGCCCGAUAUACUCAGCUCGGAGCACUUAAAUUAGGGUCUUUGCGAGUGGUAAAUGGCUCCGCUUCCCCAUGUCCGAGCGACCGCAUUCCUUUGGAGGGGUCCUGCGCUCCAGGUUCUGGCCUUGGUCUUGAGAACAUAGAAGUCAUUGGGCCUAGCAGAGGCUCAGAACUGGGGAUUCCAUCCUUGUCCGAGUCGACAAAAACAGACGAUGUCCCGGGCAGUCCAUUCUCUUUCGAAAAGUCUCCAACCAUCACAGUCCAGCCUCAGAGAAAAUCAUUGUUUCCCGGGGAUCCCGAAGAUGAAGGAAUUGUUCUCUGCGACGAGACGAGAACCCAGUUUGAGAAAGGUGUUUUGGACGCAGGUCUUUCCCGGAGCACAUCUCAAUCCCUCAACAAGUCCGACAGUGGCUACAGCUCUGCCACUUCAGUCCACUCCAUACAACGGAGCCGGACUCAGAGUUCUACUGGCUCACAAUCGUCUGGCUCGUGUGGCGCAGACAGCUCAAAGAACGUGUGUAUCCUGAAAGACUCGGCUUCAGGGCGAUCGGGCGAUAAAAUGCUGCGUCCCCUGAGCCUACAGACACAACCGGAUAACUACUCAAGGUUGCAUCCAGCCGCUGCUCGCUGGUACGAUUCGACCGACCCAACUCCCAUCACUCCGUCGCGAUCACGUCGGUCAACGUUGUGUGCGCCCCGAUACACGGAGUAUUCUUCGCCGCGCGAACCCGUCUUCGAAGUCAAAUCUACCGCCAUAGUCUCUACUCCACAUCAGAGCCAACAAGGACUUACCAGAGGACCUUUCUAUGGAGAUCGAUUGUCCUUGGGCUCGUCUGAUCUUGCGUCUACUACUGGGUCUCCCACGAGUGGAGAAUCAACUGCUGAAACCAAGGAGCGACUUCGCAGAUCGGUCUCUGAGUAUCAAAUGCAUGCAGAGUAUAAUAAUACACAACUCUCUCGAUCCAGAAGCCGACUGGGAAGUCGCAUCUGGAGCAAGACGCCAGGAGUUGAAGCUCCUCCGCUGCCCACUAUCACCUCCCCGGGUUAUUUGCAAGAUGACCUUGACCUUGGUUCUGAGUUGGCUUCCUCCGAGCCGAUGCGAGGCCGGUCUCGAAGCCGAACCAAUGACUAUCACCGUCGCCGGCUGACGAAAGUCCGUCACCAGACGGAUUUGUCCAUAUAA